CAUGGCGGUGUGGGCGCUGCUGCCGCUGCUGUGCGCGGUGUCCGCGGCCGUGCCCGGGCCCAGCCCCGCUCCGGCCCCGCCGCAGUCCCGCAGCGCAUCGGUGCUGCUGGAGCCGCGCUCGGGGCUCCGCGUCCUGCCCGGCCGCGUCCCCGGCGCUGUCGCCUGGGCCAGGCUCGACGACCGCAUCCCUGCGGUGGGAUGGGCCUUCCUGGAGGUGAGCACCAACUCCUCGUACAACGACACCCUGCAGGCCUAUGCUGCCGGGCUCGCCGAGGCGGCUGUGUCCGAGGAGCUGAUGUACAUGCACUGGAUGAACACCAUGGUGGGAUACUGUGGCCCCUUCAAGUACGAGAGCGAGUACUGCGAGAAGCUGCGGGGCUACCUGGAGGCCAACCUGGGCUGGAUGGAGGAGCAGAUGGGGAAGGGGGAGGACCCCGAGUACUGGCACCAGGUGCGCCUGGCCCUGCUGCAGCUGAAGGGACUGGAGGACAGCUACAAUGGGCGCCUGCACUUCCCCCAGGGCAGGGUCUCUCUGUCACCCUUCGGCUUCCUCCUGCUGCAGCUGGGGGGUGACCUGGAGGACCUGGAGUCAGCCCUGAACCGCUCCUCCCCACGGCGUGUCCUGGGCUCAGGCUCCUGCUCUGCACUCCUGAAGCUGCUGCCGGGACACCAGGAUCUCCUGGUUGCCCACGACACGUGGACUUCCUACCAGUCCAUGCUGCGCAUCAUCAAGAAGUACACGCUGCCCUUCCGCACCUCUGCUGCUGGCAAUUUGCAGAUCCCCGGCAGCAUCCAAGUGUUCUCCUCCUACCCCGGCACCAUCUUCUCCGGGGAUGACUUCUACAUCCUCAGCAGCGGGUUGGUGGCACUGGAAACCACCAUUGGGAACAACAACCCUGCGAGGUGGAAGUACCUGGAUCCGCGGGGCAGUGUCCUGGAGUGGCUGCGGAACAUUGUGGCCAACCGCCUGGCGCGCAGCGGGGCCGAGUGGGCUGCCGUGUUCCGGCGCUUCAACAGCGGCACGUACAACAACCAGUGGAUGGUGGUGGACUAUAACGCCUUCACGCCGGGGAGAGCAAGGCCACCGCAGGGCGUGCUGACCGUGCUGGAGCAGAUCCCGGGCCUGGUGGUGGUGGCCGACCGGACGGAGCUGCUGUACCAGCAGGGCUACUGGGCCAGCUACAACCUGCCGUACUUCGAGGAGGUCUUUAACGCCAGCGGGACCCGGGAGCUGGUGGAGAAGUACGGGGACUGGUUCAGCUACGACAAGAACCCGCGCGCGCAGAUCUUCCGCCGCAACCAGACUCUGGUCCAUGACCUGGACUCCAUGGUGCGCCUGAUGAGGUCCAACAACUACCUGCAGGACCCUCUGUCUCGGUGCCGGGGCUGUGACCCCCCCCAGAACGCAGAGAACGCCAUCUCUGCCCGCUCUGACCUCAACCCCCCCAAUGGCACCUACCCCUUCCCUGCCCUGCGCCAGCGCUGCCACGGUGGCACCGACAUGAAGGUCACCUCCUCGGGCAUGGUCCCCACCAUGGGGCUGGUGGCUGCCAGUGGUCCUGCGUGGGAGGAUGUGCCCCCGUUCCGCUGGAGCACAUCCCCAUGCAGUGCCCUGCUGCACAUGGGCCACCCUGACCUGUGGACCUUCCCCCCCAUCAAGGUCCGCUGGGACUGAGCAGGCACCGGGAUGAACCCGUCCAUCCAUGGGCAUCCCUGUGUGGGAAUCCCUCGGGGGGGCUGCAGCGCUGCCCCUGUGCCCACGGGACUGUUUUGGGUGCAAAAGGGGGGUCCCUUGCACCCCAGGUUCUUUCUGCUUCUGCCUCUUACUGCCGUGUCCCUGUGGUGCUGAGCUGCACUGGGACCGUGUCCCCUCCCAACCAUGGGACUCGGGGACUUCUCCCUGGAUGCUGACACUGCAUUUGGGGGGGGGGGGGGCUUUCCCAGCAAAGGGGGAUCCCCCCGUGGGAUGCUGGUGCUGGCCCACAGGCAGAGAGCAGGGCAGUGAACUGGUGUGGCUGUGUGUGACAAAUAAAGUGCUCUGCGUGCAGCAGA